ACUGCCUCCCUGCCUGCAUCACAGCUCUCCACACUUUUACUACAGAGCUGCUGGCACCUGCAGCAGCAAACACUCACCGUGCACACGGAGUCCUCGGAGGUCGAUGCUUUCAUCUCUCUCUCUCUCUCCAUCCUGCAGGCAGAAAACAAAUCCGGAGGAGCAUUUUUUCGUGUCAAGUCAGUGAGUCACAGUCACAGUUUUUCUGGAGAGCGGUGAUGAAUGACGGUGCUGACUGCAGAACUGGACCUGGGCCUUAUAACCUGAGGAGGUAGAGAAAGAGAGAUAAAAGGAGAUUCAAGAGGAAGAGAGAGUGCUUACUUUGUGGUUACCUUGACAGUUUGCAGAUGCCGACAGAUGUGCCCGAAGACAGGCUCAACAUCGAGGAGAAGGCGACCAAGUGUGACAGUAUGACUCUGUGCAGCACCCCGACUGUCCGCAGAGGAAGCACUCCUCUGCCCAUAAAGCACCAGCUCAAGCGAGAAGAAGCCGUCCACGAUGAGGGCGACUGGACAUCCGGUGCAGCCGGACCGUCCGCAUCACCGAUCAGCUUCAGCCCGGCCCUGGACGACACUCCGACUGUGUCUGUGGAGGGCAGACCUGAUGGGCCUUUAAGGAUCGCCCUGCUGGGGCAGAACGGCGUGGGGAAGUCCUCCCUGGCCGUCGCCUUCGCUGGGGACAUGGACAGGACUGCGUCUGUGGACUCUGAAGGGGAGGGUUACGUGCGCACAGUCGCUGUGGAUGACGAGGAGAGCACCAUCAUUAUCUAUGACAACUGGAGACAGGACCUGUCGGCUCUGCUGUGCGAGGUGUGCGUCCUGGUGUUUUCGGUGACUGACAGGCGCAGUUUCCACCGAACUGCUCAACUGCGACUUCUCCUGAGAGAGACUCAGCCCCAAACUCCCAUCAUCCUCGUCGGUAAUAAGAGUGACCUCGUUCGCACACGUGAGGUCACCUAUCAAGAGGCCGUGUCCAGCGCCGCCCUCUAUAACUGCCUGUAUCUGGAGAUCUCUGCCUCUCUGGACCACCGUACCCCGGAGCUGCUGGAGUGCGCGGUGCGGCUAGCCAGGGGCCAGUCCCCCUGGCCCCCGGGAACCAGCGCCGAGGACAUGAGCGGCGGCCAGCGUGAAAGCAUCACCUCCCGUGCCAAACGUUUCCUGUCCAGCCUGGUGCCGCGAUACCCGCGAGAGCGAGAGGUGGGAAAGUUCCUGAGGCAGAAGUCCCGCUCUUGCCACGACCUGGGGGCGCUGUGAUCGGACGCCGCGGGGCGUUUAAUGGUUAGAUUGUUAGCAGAGGAAGGGAUGUAGAAUACCAACAAAGAGAGGAAGGUGCCAGAGGGAUGGCAGGACAAUGUUAUGAGUGAUCUUCGUGUGGAAAGAAUGACAGCAAUGUUAGUGAUGUUUAGGACGAUAUAGAAAUUUUCUACACAAGACCAAGCAGCAAAAAGAAAAUACUGUUGUAGAACAUGUAAAUAAACUAUAGUGGUGAUACAUAAUGCCGCCCUCAUAGCUAAAUAAAUUGCUUUUUUUGAGUCUUGAGAAAGUC